AAAAAGGAGAAACAGCAACGGCUGCUCUGCUUCCGUCCCAUCUCGCUCUUGGGACAUUCCAGCCAGCAGAAAGCAGCUCCAUGAGAGCCACGGAGGAUCUCACAGCCGCAGUCUAAUAGUAACGCAGAGGAAUGUGAACCCAUCUUCCAUGCCUUCCAGGAGGCCCUUGAUCUUCUCUGCCCAGGGCCCACUCUUCUCUGACCCAGAGAUGGGUCAGCUGAUGGUGGCUCACACACCAUCACUUCCUUCAAAGCCCAGGCAUCUGUUUAAAGUCUGACCCUGUGAAGACUUUUCCUAUUUUGGAAAAGCUCUUCUAUUUGCCUGCAAAGAUUUGUGCUCCUUUUUUAAUUUCAAUUUUUGUAGAGGAGGCGGGUUCUUGCUUUGUUGCCUCAGCUGGUCUCAAACUCCUGGGCUCAAGUGAUCCUCCUACCUUGGCCUCCCAGAAUGCUAGGAUUACAGGCAUGACCCACCAUACCAGGAUGGAUUUGUCUUCCUUCAGGAGACAGUAGCUGAUGUGUGCCCCUGGCCCUUCUUCCCUAGAAUUCAGCAGUGGCCACCAUGGGUUCUGUGAAUUCCAGAGAUCACAAGGCGGAAGCCCAGGUGGUGAUGAUGGGCCUGGACUUGGCGGGCAAGACCACGCUCCUUUACAGGCUGAAGGGCCACCAGCUAGUGGAGACCCUGCCCACUGUUGGAUUCAACGUGGAGCCUCUGGAAGCUCCUGGGCACGUGUCACUGACUCUCUGGGACGUCGGGGGGCAGGCCCCACUCAGGACCAGCUGGAAGGACUAUCUGGAAGGUGUAGAUAUCCUCGUGUAUGUGCUGGACAGCACAGAUGAAGCCCGCUUACCCGAGUCAGCAGCUGAGCUCGCGGAAGUUGUGAACGACCCCAACAUGGCUGGUGUUCCCUUCUUGGUGCUGGCCAACAAGCAGGAGGCACGUGAUGCACUUCCGCUGCUUGAGAUCAGAAACAGGCUGAGUCUAGAGAGAUUCCAGGACCACGGCUGGGAGCUACGGGGCUGCAGUGCUCUCACUGGGGUGGGGCUGCCCGAGGCCCUGCAGAGUCUGCACAGCCUCCUGAAAUCUCGCAGCUGCCUGUGUCUCCAAGGAAGAGCCGGUGGGGUCCAGUGCCGACACAGCAAGAGAUCUUGACCUGGACAGAGCUGCAUAUCUUUGCUCACACAAACUGGAAGCACCAGCUGAUCCCUUGAGAAACUUAUGCUCAGUCUAUCAAACAAGAAAUGCUGGCUUCGCCUGUAAUCUCAGCACUUUGGGAGGCCACGGUGGGAGAAUCCCUUGAGCAUAGAACUUGGAGAGCAACAUCACGAGACCCCAUUUCUACUAAUAAUUAAAACAUUGGCCAGGCAUGGUGGCGUGUGCCUCUAGUCCCAGGUACUUGGGAGGCUGAGGGAGGAGAAUCGCUUGAGCCUGGGAGGUGGAGGUUCUGGUGACCCGGAUUGCACCACUACACUCCAGUCUGGGCGACAGAGUGAGACCCUGUCUCAAUAAUAAUAAUAAUAAUAUUCUAAGAAAAAAAUCUCAACACACUUCAUUUAAUAGCUCAUUACCAAGUGUGAAUGAAGCAACAUGUCAUAAUAGAAUGGCCACUGGUUGCAUAACAAUAGAGACCUAAAUUCACAAAUAGGGAAAGAGGUUUUAAAAUCAAAUUUGGGGUCAGAUGUGGUGACUCUUGCCUGUAAUCCCAGCACUUUGGGAGGCCAAGGCAGGCAGAUCGCUUGAGGCCUGGAGUUUG